AUGACCAAUCGUGGACGUGGAGGGAAGCAGAAAACUGGCUUGACUCCGACGAAAAAAAGCGGGACUAUAAUGGCCGCGUUCGAGAGACAGUCUAAGAAAAAGCAUUGUCCAGUAUGUAACCAGUCCGUCUUCCUAACUCUAUAUAGAGCUCACCUGGAUGAUUGCAAACUCACCAGAAACGACAGCGAUUGUGAGAUUGUUCAAGUGCUAACCGCUGAAGAGAGUCGUGCUCUUCGUACAGGGCCCCCCAUCGUGAUUGAAUCUGAUGAUGUAAACGAACCAAGUACGGCAUCAGCAAAGAAUACAUCUGAGAACGAGCAAGAGAACAUCAUUGAACGACGGAGAAGCAAAAGAAUCAUAACCCGAUGUGAAUCCGUUGAGGAAAUUGAAAUAAUCAAAGUUGAACCAGCUACACAAGCAGCAGUGGAUCCAGAGAAUCGUCCUCCUGAAACAAAAAAAUCUCAGCAUCCAGACUCAAACUUGCAGUUUACUUCUGUUAAGCGAAGAAGGACCUUGCGCUGCACAUCUCCGCUGCUAGAGAAUCGUCCGAGCUGUUCAAAUGACCCCGAAACUGGUUGUGAUGCUUCUCCUUCUGGAGGUAGAGACCUAGUGAAAGCGGAUGACAUAAUUAAGAAAAUUGAGUCGCUUCUCGAUUCCUCCGUCUAUGUUUCUCCACAAAAGAGAGCUCUUUUGGAAGAAAAUGAUGGAGAAACUCCAACAGUGGAUUUCAAGAGGACACCGUACAUAGUGAAAUUCACACUACUUAUAAUGCGUAGAGUUCUUUUGGCCGUUAAGUCUAACGGUGAACGAUACGACGAAACUUUUUGGGGAAGAGACAUGGAAAUUAUGAACAGAUUCAUUGAACUGAGCAAACCAGCUCGUGAGCUUUUUAUGAGGCUGCACCUGCGGAAGCCAUGGUGGCUGACUGCAGAUAAGCUGAAGGAGAGGUAUGCAGAACUCUCGAAUACGAUCGAUGACGCAUUAAAAGAGUUGGUCGACGUUGGAUUCGUUGACAGCGACAAACAUCUGUCAAGUCUUGAAGAAGUUCUCAGAAUUGCACCUCUUCCUGUGCUGAAAGUUGUUGCCAAAAAAUAUCAACUGGAUGUUACAAAGGGUAAAAUCGAGUUGAUCGCCACUCUCAAAAGUUUUUCCGCCACUCAGAAGGGCCUUUUUGGACAGAUGGGUGCAGUAGCGGUGGCCAUGGUGAAAACUGUGAAAAAGGAGCUAGGUUCUAGUUUCCGUAUUAACCAAAACACCAGCAUGGUUUUCAAGGCUUUAUUCACUUUGUAUGCACCCACGGAGAUGUGUUCGUCACUAGUAAUUGACCAACCCAGUCUCAACUUAUCGCAGAAUUUGUUGUUUACCCUCCUCCGUAUGGAUCAAGGAGCCGUGCGAUUUCCAGCACCGAAUCCUUGCCCAAACAUCAUCUCUAUAUACGACUGCAAGAAAGAAUUGUUGGCAUAUGUGGAGGCUAAAGAACUGGAAAUUGAACUGGUAGGUUUUCUGAGUAGCAACAAAUUCGAUGACGCCUAUGAAUGCGCAUUCAAAGCGAGGGAGAUUCUCUCUGGCUGCAGCGAGGAAAGUCGGUUAAAAGCUGCCAGUUUGUCGAUGCCUCUUCGCCGCUUCACAUCUUUUGCUGUUCUGUUACGAUGCGUUGCACAUGGCACAGGUGUGCUUGAGAGGCAGAAAAAAUACGCCAUAGCAAUCAGUUGGCAACGGUUCCUGCUGAAAACAGAAGAAUUGAGACCUUUCUGUCCGAAUUCGCGCGGUGCAUUAUGGGAUCGUCUUGCACUGAACUUAGAUGCGCAUAUGAAGGAACGAGAAGAAGCAUUACGAGAAAUCCAGGAAGGAAUGCAAGAUGAAGUAGUGGCGGACAAAGAUAAGCUAAUGUUACAGGAUCGAGCGAUAAGAAUAUCAAAUCGAGAUUUUCUCGAGAAAAUUGUUCUCAUGGAGCCAGUAAAGAAGGAAAUCUAUGGAACGAUACUUUCAAAAGAACUAGGGGAUUCAAGGAUAAAUCGAUUUGUACUAAAAGACGCGGAUGGCAUUGUUGGAGAGUGCGCUGUCGAAGAAGUGGUACGAAAACAUUACAUCGAAAACGAAGACUUCAACAAAGGUGUACAUGCGGAGGGAUCCAUUUGGCAUACGGUUCUUGGAUUGCUUUUCUACGAUAUUAUUUUCGACCAUUCUGUAAAGGAUGUCUGGCUGAGUGAACUGCAGGCAAAUCCUAUCGAUCUGAACUCACGAGCUCUAUACGAAAACCGACGAGAAAUUUUCGAUGAGCGUUUCACAUGGUUAGAGACGGCUGCGGAAAGCGAGAUAGAAGACGUAAUUCGAACAACGUGGGACGCACAACAUCUUCUGGAAAAUUCCGAGAUUAACUGGGAGCUGUUCGAAAAUGUUGAUGAUUUCUUGGAAUUUUUCUUUUGCUGUCCACGAAAAGGAUUGCUUGCUAUUCUUCGGCGAGUUAUUACCGACUACCGUAAUUGUCGCAGUGGUUUUCCGGAUCUGACUAUGUGGAACACGAAAACGAGGAAUGUUGCAGUAGUAGAAGUGAAAGGUCCCGGCGAUCGUCUUUCGACAAAGCAGCGUCUUUGGCUCGAUUAUUUUAUGCGACAUGAUAUCAGAGCUGAAGUUUGUCAUGUGAUCGCCAAAGGCAGCCGUGAAUUGAGAUAA